UGUCGUAAACUGGAAUUUACAUCAUCUCCUGCUUUCCAUGGUAAACGGCUCAAAAAUCACAUUAUAAGAACCGUAGAAUCCCUUGUGCAAGACUCCUGCUCCACUCUAUGCUACAUGGAACCCAACUGCGUCAGCUACAACGAGGUAGUGGUUAGCAGCCCUCCGUCAAUCACUAAAUGUGAACUGAAUAAUUCCACGCACAAUGAACAUCCCCAAGAUCUCAAGCCCUGGCCAAACUACAGCUAUGGAGGAACAAUGGUCAGUGCAUUCUUAAGCAAGUGACGCUUUCCUUUCUUUAGUUUCCCUUUGUACUGUUAAUUAAUAAAUUCUCCAACGGCUCUCCGUUGAACUCUUCAACGGCUCUCCGUCCGUCACUUAGUGCGAGCUGAAUAAUACCACACACAGUAAACAUCGUCAAGACCUCAGGCUCUCAGUGAACUACAGAGGAACAAUGGUCAGUGCAUUCUUAACCGAUUUAGCCUUUUUGAUAUAAUUUUUUAACAGUAUAUUUCCACUUUUCAAGUUAUUCACAUGGUUGUUCAUUGGCUGACCAUUUUCCUGUAAUCAUCAUAGAUUACAUUUCAACUAUAAUUUUAAAUUAUCGUAACCAUUUGCUCCUCUCAUUUGCAUAUUUUUGCGCUCAACCUCUCUUACCACACUUGUUAGAACACUUGUGGACAAACUCCUUGUCAACACGAUGGGACUUGUCAGACUGGAUUUACAGACAAAGGGUAUAGAUGUGUUUGCCCAAAAGGAUACGAAGGCAGCAAUUGUGAGAUAAUUAAUGGUACGUAAAAACGCUUUUACUCCAUGAAAAACUUUAAAUGAAAACAAAUUUUGUUUAUCUAUUGAUUAUUCAAGCCCCCUCCAAAAGACCCUUUUUAUCCCUCUCUGUCUCUCUGCACUGUUAGUCUGUUUGUCUCCCUUUUAUUCCCGGCAGCAGGAGUCUAGUCAUCUAACUUGUCAUCCCAUUCGUAUUUUUUUGUGUUGAAAAUCAAGAAUUCCAUCACAAAUCUACUGAUAUUUUUUUCCAGCCAUGGGAUGGAUACAGAUGACGCCGUCCACAGUUUGCUUCGGAGCUAAAGAUGAUACGUAUGGUAUCUUUAGAACAGCCAUUUCAGGUAACAUCACUACAUUCAAAUUAACAUACCAACAUGGUCAUGUCAUGAAGCGGACCCAAGCUAUCAGUCCAAGUGGGGUUGCCUUUGGCCUCCUCUCAUUCCUAACUCAAUGGCCACUUUGAUAACUGACAAAAACCGUAAUCUUCUUCAGCCUACUAAGGAUUACCGAUCAAAUUUUUUGGGAUGUACGUUUUACAGCUUUCCUUGGGCCACAACCGAAUCGCCAGAACUGCUCUUCUAUAGUUUUUCUUCACCGCUGAUGGUGGAGUCGAACCAAGAAUUCCAAAUCUGGUACAGUGAAGACUUAUUCAGAUGGGGCGAUUCUAAUAACGGAUUGACACGAACAUGUGUUGCGGUGUAUGGUCUGUAUGUUUGAGUAGCGGUGAUCGCGUUGCCCAACGUUGUUUCGGAACUUUUGCAAAACUUCAUAUAUAUUUCAUAGGAAGUAGGAAAAUAUUCUAUUGAGAAAGAAACGAAUUCCAGCUCAUUUAAACUAAAAACAAUAAUCAAUUCAUCAACUGAAGGCAAUCAAAGAGCUCCCUCCUUCCAAAGAAAUUUCUGAGGGUUAACUCAAUUUUGCUCUUCUAUAAACUGAACCAUUACCCGACUGCUUGAGCGAUAGUAACAAAUAAAAGCCACCUCAAAAUGCUGUGAUUCAAAUGCUGGUCUAAAGGUCUAAAUUCUAGCACCUCCAGGGCAUUGUGUUUUGUUAUCAGGGGAGAAAAAAUUCUCAACGGAUCUGUCAAUCUUUACCAAGUAUGAAUGAGCAAACUGCCAGUAAAUUCUGUUUGUGAGUAACCCCGAGAGGAACUGGUAUCUCAUGCAGGAAAAUUAGAAAUACUCCUAAAAACGGGAUGAAAUUUAGCAGGGUGGGUAACACGCCAAUCAGUAAGGUUAAUCAACAUUUCACCUUGUGUACGAGGCAAACAGAGACCAAACGCAACUGGGAUUCUGAAAGGGAAGGAUCAAAAUUCCCUAAUUAUUGGGUUUUUUUGCACCACUAUAUAUUUCGAACGGCAACUUUUUCCUGAGUUAAUUGCAUUCACAGUUCAUUGGGGAGGGAGGCCUUUGAUUAAACCUUCGGAAUGGUUACGUCACUAAAACUAUUAACUCAACAAAAAUUAUCUUGAAAGGAAGUCUGUUAAACCAACAGGUCCAAACGAUAGUGACGGAAAAUUUUGUUAAUGAAAAUUGUACGACAACGACGGGCAAUGCCUUUUCUUUAGGAAGGGUUCCGGUGCGAACUUGUGGAAGACAAAUGCUUCCGUUUCCUUUAAAGAUUAAAAAUAACUUCAGCGGAAUAUCUCAACCCAUGCCCUGAUUGUAACUGCCUCCUCCUCUCUCUGUCUUGAUUAGGGCGAAUGUUGACUGUAGUAUGUUCUGUUAUUUUUUUCUAUGGGUUAAAUGCGUAGAUAUUAAGCAAAUAUUGGAUGAGGUUUAACAUGAUAUCAUGAAUCAUCAGAAGUGAAGUCUGAGUGAUCUGCUGAAGCCUAAUGCUGAGGUAGAUAACACAGACGUGAAGCUUGAUACCUCAUGAUAUUAUACGAAAACCGAACUCAACAAUUGUUUUAUUACUCAUGUGCUUAAGUAAACAGCAAAAGAAAACACUUCUUUCUGAGUAUGCAGAAGGAUGUUAACACAGCGCGGACGGAGGAUUGGGUAACUAGGCAGUCUUUGAACGCGACAUGAUAAAUGAAAUAUCUGCUGCAAAUGUUUGCUGCAGAUAUCUGAUCGAAUGCUCCCGACCGAUCAGAUUUUUCAUUGUAAGUCUAAUGUAUAACAAAUGUAGUUAAACACCAGAGAACUCUUCUCCUGUUGAUAUCGAUGUUACUCUCCAUGGAUUACGGAUGAAAGGAAAAGAGAGGUUGUCCUUAAAAAUGGAAAAGCUCAGCAACAUCAUGGAUGGAGAAGACCGGAAAUAUAUUUCCAAGGCUUUCUCAUGUAUCUUGAAAGAAAAAUUGAAACAUGGAAAUAAAUCGCUAUGGCAAACAAAUCUCUAAGCAAAAAAAAAAUAUUGCGCAAACUUAGAUUAAGUUUAAAAUAAAAAAGUUUCCAAACGCUUGAUAUCGCUAAGUACCUUACGUAGUGUCUACAAGACAUAAAUUUUAUUUAAAUGACAUCUUAGAUCUCGCUUGCUAUGGCUAUUUUAUUCACCUGGUUAGUCUUAUCAUUAUUACUAUUAUAAACACUAUAAUUGCUACUUUCAAUACAUUUUAAUUAGCGUUGCUAUUAUUCUAAUAAAAAUAACUAUUUCGUUAUGAGAACAUGUAAAGUGUGUUCAUUAGCAAUGUAGUUUGCACACGCGAUAGAAAGCUGCCGGUGUGUGCACGUAGACUGCUUGUACGUGCAUGUUAGGUAUCUGUGUAAGCAAUGUGAACUAGAUUGGUUUACUAAGUUAUGCUUAUUAAGUAAUUUAUGUUAGCCUCGUAACUUAUGUAGUUUGUAAGUACUGCUUAAGUAACUGUGCUAUUGUGCCACUGAUAGGUUUCUCUUUGGGAAAAUUUUUGGUAAAUUUUAUUAGCUAAAGAAUCUCUACAGACAUUGAUAACGUUCAAUUUAGAAAGCAGAGUGUCUUCCAAUUCGGGAGUGAUAAAUCUUUUAUUUUUUUAAAGAAUGUUGGUUCUUUUUCCACAAUGGAAAUUUUACUUUUGAAGUUGUGCGACUGUAAGUAUUUAUUUUUAUCAAAAAUUGGAUAAAAUCAGUUCACCUCUGCUUAAACUUAGGAGGAAAACGUUUCUAUCACAAUUUCAUUGCUCAAAAAUUUCAUUUAAGUUAUGUACGUGUGUUUGCCAAACUUUGCGACGAACAAAUUAUUCUUUUAACUGGUACGCAGUAAAUAAAGAAGCUACCUUCCCAUGGAAAGUUCCUCAUCAUUAUGAAGUAUACGAAGAGUCCCACUCAAAAUGUAGUUGUGGUAUCCAGGAAGUCAAAUUAUCAUUGCUCGUCUCGGAAUAGAGACAUCAUGCAAAGGUGGUCGUCAUUUCUCUGCGAAUUAAGGGAGUUUCACUGGUGUAAGAACAUCUGCUUCCAAAAUAGAUUAGAUAUGUCUAAACAGAUUUUAGAAUAUUAUCAUUACUCCUUGAUAGAUGUCAGGGUCUCAAGGAAUAGUUGUGUUGAUAUCAUUUUUUUCUUCUUUCUCACAGGUUGAGCACUUUUCCUCUCAUUAAAAAGGCCUCUUGUCUUUCAUAAUUGCUGCUGAUAAUAACUAAAAAAAACUGCCUCUCUCUAUAAGAAACUCAAUCCACUGCAUAACCUACGACUCGUAUUAACUAUUUCCAAUCAUGCAAAAUAAAAGCCUGGUGCUUUUAAUUUCGAGGGCUACACAGAAACAAGCAAUUAUUCAUGGAAAACAUGUCUACCAUUUUCUGUUUUUGCAGUGACUGUUUUUUAAAAGUGUUGUUCUUCCCGAAAGGUGAGCAUGUUCCUUUUAUGUUAAAUCUAUCAAAAGUUAAAGGCUUCAGUCACUCUUAUUUGACAGGUUACCAAAAAAUAAGAUUCGACAAUCCUUCGAGAAUGCCGCAAUACAUCGGUGACUUGUUCUGACUUAUCAAUAGCGAAAAUGGCCUGAAAUCAUCAGAGGGGUGCAUGUUUUUUCUUGGUUUCACUCAAAUCACUUCGAAUAAACCACCAUUACCGUAUGUCUUUUGUAGAAGAGACAUUAUAUAGGCCCAUUGUAUCUUCGUGUUUGCUUUAGUAUGUCUAGAAGACAUAAAAACUCGUUUCUUCCUUAUAAUGCUAGUAUGAGAAACAGCCCUUCGCCCACUUGUGAAAAGGAAAAACUGUUCUUUGGCGGCUAGCACCUGACGUUCAGCCUCCAAUCCCUGAGAAGUGAUCGCCUCGGAUACUUCGUUUUUAACUUGAUCCAGCCCGUUUAGAACCUCCAGUCAAUCCUCGCUGAUUUCUUCUUGUAUUUCGUUCCCUUCUACACUGUCUGGAACGAGUGCUGACUCUAGUUCGUCUGCAUCGCGAACCAAUGAUACUUCUUAAGUUAAUGCGUGGUUCUUGAGAGACGUCUUCAGUAGCAUUUGUCAACCCACAUACAACACCAGUACGUAAAUCAUCUUGACAAGAAUUACAAGAACUUUUUCCCUAGCGGUCUCAUAGCCAGCGGAGGAUCACCAGUAAUCGGCUUUUAUUGGAACUCCUGCCUCAAUACAAGGUCUAUUUUUUUUUAAAGUAGGUGUACAUUAUCAGGUACAAAACAGACGUUUUAACUCUUUCGUUCCCAAGAGUGGCCAAAGGAUUUCCCCUCACAAUACCAACCUAGUUCCUUUGGGUAUAUAAUUUUCCAUCUAAAAGGAUAAAGAGAAAGUUUUAGCUUCACAUUCCUCAGAGACUUCCACCAAAUAGUACUCGGUGGUCUUCCCAGGCAACUGAAACUUGGACGAUAAAGGAAUGGAUCGGUGGUAUGACGUCUUCAUACCCAUGAAAACAUACAGCAUCUGAGAAAAAAAAAUCCUCCAGAUCCUGGUUGCUUUAAAAAAGGAUAAUGCCGUCCAAAUACUGAAACGUGAUAGGAUAACGAUUUAUGUGUUGGACAUUGCUACAAACUUUGAAAAAACAGAAGCUUGAUGUGCAUCAAACUCUCGUGACCAAUAUUACAAAAAUAAUAAUGCAAAGGAUUUAGGAGAAAUGCUAUUAUGAUAAAGCGGUACAAAAAAUCAGCAUACAGCUGUAGAUGCCAUGACACAAAUGACACUUCUAACAACACUUUUCAAAGCUUUCCCUUUUUUAAUCCAUCUUGUAUUAUUGACACAACAUGCAAAGGCAGUCAUUCGUUGCCUUGUGGAUUUAUGGGAAUUUUCAGUUUUUUAGGGACACGGCCUGUUUCGAGGAGAGUCUCGGUAAGUUCUGUCUAUACAGCCAAUUGGAGCUGAUGAUCAAUUCUCAGAAACGUCUAGAGGAGGGAGAUUUGAUAAAUCCUAAACUGCCUUAAUCAAAACUAAGGACUUCCAACAGGAACCUGGAAUCAUCUGUCAAUUAAACGUCUACUAAAAUAGACUCGUAAUUAGAAGAUAUGUUUAUUGCAUGAGCAAAGUUGCCGGACGUUUUACAUUAAUAAAACGACCGUUCAAGAAAGAUAUUUUAUCUUUCUGUAAGAGAAAAAAAGAAAAAUACUCUGAAUAUAUUUAUUGAUCCAAUGAAUUUUGAAUGUGAUGAAAAAAUAUCUAAAUGAGCUACAGGCCAGGUGUCUGCUUACCCUGCUGGGGGUAGAAUAUUUUCACCUGUCAUUUAUUUGACUUUCCAGAGGAUGUGUUUACAGCGUAACUCGCAGUAAAAAUUGCGACAUCAUAUAUAUCUGCUAAAAUCAAAUGGCAUUCCCUCAGUCCUGAAUCUUUCUAUCGAGCGAAACAAAAUCGUCAAAGAGGUUCUAAGUCGCAAAAUUUAUGAUUGUAUUCGUUAUUUUAUUUACCUCAAUACCCUUAUCAGGCGAGAAAUGACAACUGCCAACUUUGUUGACUUUAGCUUCAUAAAAUGCCACUUUUCAUUAAAACAGGUUGAAUUAAACCGCCUAAUAAAAGACCAUUGUCUUGGAGUAAGCAUGGACUUUUCUGCGCUUUUCAUGAUUGUAUCCUACAUUCCAUUUAUGACUUACUUAACGUUUGGUAAAGGUGAGUUGCGAACUGGGAUUCAUAUAUUCUACGAUUCAUUUAUGGUUGUAUCUUCUUUCAUUUGUCUAUUAAAUCGAUUUCACUGGUCUAAAGCUGUCGCCGCACUCGGCUUAAUAAUUAACAUGUCGGUAAGAUAUAGGUUAACGCUUUGUCGUCAACCUAAAUCCAAACCCUGUACAUGUGUUCACCUUCCAUCGAUGAUUUAUCAAAAUAGGCAUUUCAUUUUACGGUAUCCCAUUCCGAAGAAAAUUAAAAAUUAGUCACAAGGUAACUCGCAACGGCGAUAGCUUCUAGUUAUGCUUAUGCUCUCCUAUCAAUAAUAUUCACCAGGGAUACUGGUAAAAUAUAAUUCAUCAAAGUUUGGAAGAGGGGAAUUUGAAGUUUUUACAUCGUAGAGAAGUUGAUCUUCACCACCCUUAACCAACAUGAGGAAUCAUUUUAAAAAUAAAAUAAUGCUGGCAUAUGGAAUCAACGAUUUACAUUUUCAUCGUUGUCUAUUUGUUUAGAGACAUAGCUUCCAUGUAUCUACCGAAAACUAAAAAAAUGGCUUUUUUUUGUUGGCAAAGGAAAGCUCGCGAUGCGAAAACGUUUAAGGAUUAGGUUUGAAGAUAGACUUCAACAAUUUCAAAAAAUAAUGAGUGACCUUAAGUAGAAAUGCUCUCAUUAAAAUUUGCACAGACGUCUCGUGCAGCUUGAAAACUUUCUUCGCUUUCAAAACUCAAGCCUCUCUGUCUGCUGUUCAUGAAAAAUAUUAAGUUGUCUGAGUAAUUAUCCUUUUUCUUCCCUAAUCAUUGAUGCUCUGAUCAAAAUUUUUUUCAGCGGUUAAUAAUAAAACGAACUGACGGUGUUUUUUUAGAGCUGCUAAUCUGAGGGAGCUGCAGCUUGACACAAGUGGCAGCUCUCAACCAUCAACAAACCAUGCCAAUCUCCAUAGUGAACGCGUGCAGUAGCGUGAUGCUAGACAACAAUGGGUCAUACGUCAACAUGAAAAAAACCUGCUAAAUUAACUACAGUUGCAGUGACCGCGAAAUCGAGAAAGGCAAAUAAAAACAAACUUUUAAUUAUCUCCAGAUUAUAGGACUUCUUGGAAGCGAACUUUUCUCACGGCCAACGAUCUCAGAAGCAAACAAUUUCCUGCAUUUAGAUAAUUUCAUGUUGUCUUUGUUUUCUCCUCAAAGUCAUCCCUCUGCCCAUUAAUAAAGUUCCCCUUUUAAUAGUUUCUUUUUUUAACACGUUCUUAUUCCUUUUACCGUCGUGGUGUGCUUGAGAUCGAAAAUUUUCGCCAAGGAGUUUGGUCUCAACGCUAUAUGUGUGUGAUCAUUAUUUUAUUUCUGCCAAAAAUGAAAACAAUUUAAAGUUUUCUAAAUAUAUUUUGAUUGCUUUAUUUUAGAGCGAAAUCGUUCAAUGCUGUUUCCAGAUUACUUCGUCUUUGCUGACAAACGUUUGGUAAACCAUAUAAUCGAAACUAAAUACGUCAAAGACUUGGAUCAUUGUGAGCUUUUCUGCUACAUGAACGACAACUGUGUCAGUGCUAACUUCAAAAAAGAGCCAGAGACUGGAGGAACGGCGUAUGUUUGUGAAUUAAAUAACGCAACUCAUCUUGAAUAUGAUACUGACCUGUCGACUAAUGCCGUUUUUCUCUAUCGGGGUUCAAAGGUAAACUAUAAACUAUAAAUCAAAUUCAGCAACUUGACGCUUUUCAAUGAAUUGUGAAAAACAACCGAAAUGUGCCAAAACUUCCGUUGUUUCAUUCCUCUAUCAAUCAUCCAAGAUAUCCAUCUCUCUUCUUGUAUUAUUUUUUUCUUUUUUCUUUCCAGAACGUCUGCGGUAAAAACCUUCCGUGUCAAAAUAAUGCAACUUGUCAGUCCGGUUUCACAAUCAAGGGAUAUCGAUGCUUGUGCCCUCCUGGAUUCGAAGGAGAACAUUGCGAAGAAGGUUAAUUACAGAAUGUGCCCUUAAGAACAAAAUAUUUCAUAGAGUAGUUAAACCACCCCAAUAUAUAUAUCACGUUUGGUCGUCGAGCGCGUAUCUUAAAGGAAGGCUUCCAAGGCUGAUCUUUGACGACUGAUAUUCGGCUACAGUUUGGAAUGGUGUCCAGAGAGAGAGAUUCCGCUGUAAUGGAAGUUUUGGUUUAGACGAAAUUAAAAAUUAAUUUGUCACAAUGAUAACUAACUAAGGCUUUUUCACCUCAUAAGAGUUAAAAAACGAAUGUGAUAUCCAACUCGUGUAACCACUACCGUUGUAGAAUUUUUCUUUUCUUUCGACUUUUUUAGAUAUUGAUGAAUGCCAAAAAAAUACUCACGAUUGUCACUUGAACGCUACUUGCCAAAACACAAAUGGAUCCUUUGUGUGCACCUGUUCAUUUGGAUUUAACGGAGAUGGACGGAACUGCACAGGUAUAAGCCUUUAG